AUGCAACGGGGGUGUUACAUCUUUCUUGUUGUUGCAUUGUUAACAUAUGAUUUCUCGUAUUCCUAUUCUCUUGCCAACUUACUAGUUGACGGAAAUUCAGAGCUGAGAGAUACAGAUGGAAGUUUGGUUUGGUCUACCAAAACAUCUAAAAAGUCUGUUGCGGGUAUGAAGAUGAUGGACACUAGAAAUUUUGUCCUCCAUGAUAGCAAUAACAAUAUUGUUUGGCAGUCCUUUGAUCAUCCAACAGACACAUUACUUCCAGGCCAGAAAUUGGUGAGAGGGCAGAAGCUGGUGAGUAGUGUUUCAAAAGACAAUAUCUCAGAUGGAAAUUUCUAUCUUUCUAUGACCUCUCACGGUCUGUUUGGUUUUUACGAUGCUGAAGUCUCACAGAUGUACUUUAAAUAUUUAGAUUAUGGUGGGAACAUGGAAAGCAUAGAACUGAAGUACAAUGGAUUACCAUCCAUAAUCAAACAACUGUAG